CCUGAGGUUUGUAGAGGACCCUCUCGUCCGGUCAAAUCGAAGCAUGCAAAUCGAAUCUCGUUCCUUCAUUCGUAUUCGCGCUAUUCAUUUUUCUCUCCUCUGCAAUUCCUUCCUGAUUCCAGGAGAAAAAAAAAAUUCAGAAUAAGAAGAGAGAGAGUGUGUAGUUUUUCUCAUCAAUGGCGUCCAACGGAAAACCCCUGAAACAGAUCGCAGAGUCCUUCCAAGAGAUUGCACUCACUCUGAAUUCGCAAGCCUCUGAUAUUGAGGUCGCCUCAUUUUCGCGUGCUUGCUCUCAUGUCUCUGUCCUCUUUGGGUGUCUUGGACUAGCCUUCAAAUUUGCAGAAAUGGAUUAUGUGGCCAAGGUCGUAGUUCUAGUGGAAGCUUCCAAGUCAAUUGGUACAUUGCAAUCCCUACUUGAUGAUGACAUUCAGCAAAACAGUGUGAGAAAAGGGGGGAGUCAUUCUCGCAACCUUCUUAGGGUGAAGCGUGGGCUUGACAUGGUCAGAGUUCUAUUUGAGAAAAUUUUGAUGAUGGAGGGAAAUUCCCUUAGGGAUCCAGCAUCAGUGGCAUAUGCACAGGUUUUUGCUCCUCACCAUGGGUGGGCCAUUAGGAAGGCUGUUGCUGCAGGAAUGUAUGCCCUUCCUACUAAAGCGCAACUUCUUAAGAAGCUAAAUGAAGAUGAGGCUUCAGCUAGGGUUCAAAUGGAGAGCUAUGUCGCUGCCUCAGCUCCGAUCAUAAAUUACAUCGAUAAACUGUUCCUCUCAAGAGAACUAGGAAUAGACUGGAUACUAAAAGCUCAUCAAACUCUUGGCUUUCAUCAAUGGACGGUUGGGAAGUAAUGUUAUUCCACUCAAACGCUUUCAAAUUGUUUGAUGAGAUUUGAACAAAGAAGCAAUACUCCUUACCAUCUAUUGUUGGACCUUCAGACAGUCUAAAUAGCAGUCAGUAUCUUGUUUGAAACCAAAACUGGUAGAAUGGAAUACUUUGUUACGAGAUGAAAAGUAGAAUAUCUCUGAGAUGGACAUUUAUUGAAUCCAGAAAAUUCUCUGGAAGAAUCUACAGUAAUUCA